AGAAUGGUGUUUAUUGAAGCUUUUAAGAACACCUUCCAUAUGGAACCUUAUCGCUUUACAGUUUAAUCUUAUAUUAUUACAUUUAAUAUAAUGGACAUUUUCCUUAUAAAGUGCGAAAGGGUACAACGUGUUUGGUGUAUUUUUUAUUAGAAAAAUGUAUCAUUAAAUCGAUAAUGGUCAAGAGGGCUGAUAACAGAACGUGAUUAGAUUAUACUUUCAAGAGUGCUUAAACCAGAAUUCUGCCAUUUUCGCUGCUGAAGCCCUCCACAUACCAUCAUCCUGUCACCUUGUACUAGGACCUGCACCUCUAACUGCCAACACUCUAAAGCGAUGUCCUGGCUGUUGCUAGGGGUUCUUGCCACCAUUGGGCUGGCAACCGCUGACAUCCCAGACUACUUUCAACCAGUCAGCUACGAUCUUUCAUUCGACGUAAAUUUGGACAUACCAGCAAAUGGAUUUCGAGGAACUAACAUGAUACAGUUUAAAACAUCGAAAAACUUGCCGUUUAAUGUCACUGAAAUAGUCCUGAACUCUCUGGACCUAACGGUAACUAAAGUAAUGUUCUUCUAUCCCAGUGGGAGGGAAGAUCCAUUUACGGAUAUAUCCACCAACAAAGAUGAAGAGACCAUUUCAUUCAGAGUCAAAGAAGCUCUCAAGCCAAACAGCUUUUACAAGAUGUCUAUCGAGUACAGUGGAAAACUAGAUGGUACUGAAGGUCUCUUCGUCAGUAAACUGAACAACGAGAAUUAUUUAGGUAUGAAAAAUUACCCAGUUUAUGCCAGAAGGAUAUACCCCUGCUUUGAUAAACCGAAUUUGAGAUCCCAAUACAGCGUACACUUGGACAUCACCCAUUCAAAGAAAAAAGAACCAGUAGUUGUCACUGGAUUGACUUUACAUGCAAAGGCAAACGGUAAUACCCUUUUGUCAGUGGAUUAUAUCAGCCCUGUAGAUUUGCCACCGUAUGGAGUGUACUUUACCGUAGGAAACUAUAGGAAACCUAGCGACGAGUUUCCCGUUUACGUUCCUAAUGGUAUUUCAAAUGAAGACAUCAAUCAGGAUUUAUGGGAUGCUGUGACGUCAACUGUGGUCAGCGAUUUAAGUAUGAGUUCCGGUGUUGAACUCACGCUGGUGAUUGUGCCAGGCUUGAAUGUCCCUAGUGUGAGUGGUUACGGAAUUGCCGCAAUCAGCCGUGAUGUGAGCUUGGAUGUGCUUGGAAGUUCCAUCGACUCUCUUAAGGACCAAGCUCUUCAGUUGCUGCGUGCUUCAGUUCAGUCCUUCUUUGCAACAGUCGUCUCACCAUCCUCUUGGAAAGAGAUGUGGCUUGCCGAAUCUAUACCGAUUUACAUCGCCCACGCAGCUCUCAAUCAGCUGAGAUCCAAUUGGAAGCAUUGGCCCCAAACAGAAGUCUUGGCACUCCAGCAGUCUGCGCUGUCCAACUCUUGGUCGACAUCAAGCUCGCCAAUAAUCGCAAGCAACUUGAACACCUCUAGUAAAAUCGUCAACUUCAUCUCUGACCCAGCAAUUAUUAAAGGAUCAGCAUUUUUAGGAAUGUUGGAAACAUUAGCUUCUAACCCACUUACAUCCUUCGUUGGAUAUGUUAAACAACAAAAAGGAAAAUCGGUUUCUUCAGAAGAUUUUCUAGCCUUUUACGCAAAAUUUAAUAACAUGAAUCAGACACUUCCUGACGGAAAAACUCUUUGGACCAUCUUCAAACCAUGGCUUACAGAAAGCGGUUAUCCAUAUCUGUCGGUUUUCAGAACUGAUCACGAAGUAGUUGUAAAUAAGAAACGAUUCGGACAAGCUGAUAACACCGGCUGGAUGUUACCUUUAUCCUACAACACAUUCUUCGUUAACAAUACCAAAGUACUUCUUGGUGCUGAUAAAACAAUGGUUUGGCUAGACGACAAAGUGAAUGGGAAUUAUUCUGUUUUGAAAGAUCGAACUCACGACCUGUUGGUUGUCUUCAACGUCCACGGGCCAGGGCCUUACAGAGUCCUCUAUGAUGACAGCAGCUUGAAAUUGUUAAGUACAGAACUGGAAGCCAAUGUAAAUUACCUCAAGGAAGACUAUCUGAGAUCCACUUUGAUAAGUGAUAAUUUCGCCUUCGCCCAAAAUGAUCUCCUAUCAUAUGUAUCUGUUUUUAAUACCCUCCGCUACUUAAGCAGCGAAACUUCGCUCGGUCCAUGGGCCAUCGCAAGCAAUGGAUUUAGACAACUUUGGAGCCUCAUCUAUUUCACCGAACUGCGAUUGCAAUUCGAGAACUACGUUACAGACCUCAUGAGACAUUCCUACCUCCACUACGGUUUGAGUAUUAAUGAUGGUGACUUCCAAAAAGGCAAAAUUGUGAAACUAAUAGUCAGUUCAAUGUGUGACUACGGCGAUGAGGUGUGUCGCAGGCAAGCGAAGGAAGCUUACCAGACCUAUAUCGUUGGAAAGAAAAGGGUGGCCAACACAGCCAUCGUAGAAGAGCUGUAUUGCAACGGCCUCCGAGAUAUCACAGACAGCCAACCGAUCAAGGAACUCCUCAAAAGCAGCUACAAAACAACUCUAACAACCUACCAGAAACAAAGCCUCUUCUAUUACCUUUCAUGCUCCGGUGGUGAAUAUGGUUCGUCCCAGGCAAUAAAUAGCCUUCUAGAAAAUGUUUUGGUGUCGAGCGAGUACGACCAAAUGCCCGCAGAAGAUAUGAUCGUUGCUUUUAAACAAAUCGCCAGCAAGCCACAGCAUUACGAAGAAGCCCUUGGUUACUUCCAAGAUAAAUAUUACCAAAUUAGAACCAAGUUGGAUGAAAAUCACAAAGCCGAGUUGAUUCGUUAUCUAGGUACCUUGGGUUCAACAGCCGACCAUCUAAGUAUUUUUGGAAACUUCACCUUCAGAAAUGCGAGCAGCAGCGACACCGUAAAGGCUGUUCAAGAUGCGAUCAAAUCAGUACAAACGAACAAGCAAUUCAUAGUGAACCAUUACGACGACAUGUACAAUGGUCUCUACGGGUUCGCCCCUUCACCAACCACCGACAAACCCGGCCCCACAGACAUAACCCCAUCGUCGCCAACAACACCUACCACCUCUCCACCAAGUGGUUCGUCCCUCUCCGCUGUUAUCUAUCCCACCCUAUUGAUAAUGUCUGGAUUAAUUCUGAGGUAUAUAAAUUAGUCACAAACCCUCUACACUAUAUAUAAUACAAAUAAGAAACUUUGUGAAACAUUAUGCAUUAUAAAGAAAAUCGAAUAUUUCCAUGCUGAAAUGAAAACAAGUGUAGAGAGUCGGCACAUUAUAAAUUAAUUUGAAAUUGUAAAUAUUUGAAGCUUAAUCGUAUUUCAUAAAUAUAGAUUUGCAAUUCAUAAGAGAAGUAAACAAAAAAAUGUUAGUAUUUUUAAGAAAAUUUCACUGUAGUUCAUAAUUAUUAUGAAUGAUAUUUGAUGAACCACGACUGGAGUUAGUUAUUUAUGCUUAUUUUUAUUAUCGUGUUAUUACUUUAGUAAUUUCAUUGUUAAAUUAUAUUUUUUUCUUCUUUUUUUUUCUCUUUUUCUCGCCCCUGUUCUUAAGGGUCAUUGGCCUUUUCUAUAAUUUAUAUUCUAUUAUAGAAUAUAACAGAAUAUAACUAUUAUAAAUUAUAUUUUAUAAUCUUGAAAUCAGUCAAAAUAUAAGUGAUAAAUUUAGUUAUGUAAGUGUAACUAUUAUUGUUAUGUUUUAUUUACAUCACUGUAAUAUAUUAAUAAAAUGAUUUAUUUUUAAUAUAAUCGUUUCGCUGCUAACCCUUGAGUAAACUUUGACUACUUCUUCAUUGGUAUCAUAAGUUGUCAUUUAGCAUGACUAAAAUGUACCCCCAAUUCGAUGGUGUUGUUCCAGAAAGAGCUUGUGAGCGUAUCAAAGUGCAAACUUUACGAUUCUCGAGUCUAGCGAUUUUUGUUCGAACCCGGCCUGGGCAGAUUUAUUUAUUUCACACUGGACUCAUGGAAUCAAUCAAGACCUUCUCACUCUGGAAAGAAUUUUAUUGUACCUCUAUAACAGCCCCCUCCCCCCACCCUUCAACAUAAGCUAUGUAGGGAGUAAUCGAAAAAGUAUUCAUCUAGCAAGAAAAAAAAAAUCGAAUACCAGCUCAUUUUAUCCGAUGGGAACAACUCGGAUUACUGAGAACUACCAAAGAAAGAAAAACUACGGCGUGGGCUUAAGACUACACGAUAAAAUUGGAAACAUCAACAAGGCGAGAUUAAUAAUAUGAAAUAUAAAUAUUUGUUUGAGAUAUUUUAAUACAAAUGUUAUAAAAAAAAAUGCUUUCCAUUUUUUGCCACUCUAACACGUCGUCUCGUCAAGAUACAAUUUCGAAUAAUAACUAGUUUACAAAGAGGAUGAAAUCCUGAACAUUUCUCUCACCUACAAUAUCCAGAUCCGAUUAUUAGUUUCUGAAAUAUUUCAAUAUAAAUGCAAAAAAUUGUCGAUUCAAGCCGACUUUAGUCGAAAAGUGUUACAUAGCCUAGCGUGACGGCUCAGUGUCAUUCAAUGCCCACAAAAUAAACUGCUUAGCUCGCAUGAAAAGUUUUCACUUCUAAAAUUAUAAUGAUUAUAAUAACUUAGGUCUAAACCCCCAUAGUCGUGUUCUACGGUUCUGGAACAGUUAUGAAAUGUACAUCCCCCCAUUCCAAAACAUAAGACUAAAAAGUCAUCAUCUACUUCCCAGUUUAAAAAUAUUAAACCAGGAUAAGGAAAGAUGUGAAGUCUUCCUCUAUGUUUGACACAGUUAAAUUUACGCCUGUUCCUUGUAGUUGAGUAAAAGAUAGUUUUCAUGACGUCAUCUGGUCUAGCUAAGGAAUUACGGUAGAUUCGAAGCAUACUGUAAAGCCAAAGUGGCUACAUUGAACUCUUGAUUCAAUUUUAAAGCAGAAUUGUUAAUUGAUAAUUAUGGUUUGUUGCUAAUCUAAAUGUUUCAAACUAUUUUCAAAUAUUAUUAUAGGACAUUUUAAAGGAAGAAGAAGAAGAAAAAUAAAUGUUAUUCUGGAACUAAGUCCCCUUAGAAUAACUACAAUGUAUAAUUUAAUGACAAUUGUCUGGCAUUAGAAAUAAUUAGGAAAAAAUUAAAUUACAUGAUUGUCUAGAUCUAAGGUUACAAUAAAGAAAAGGCACUGCUAGAUAUAAGAAAUCAUAGAUAAAUUCAGAUAUGCGAGUUCACAUAUUUGUGCACAUAAACGAUGUGGAUGAUAUAUAAUGAUCUGUCAGAUAACAUUAAAGCGACUGACAGAUCUGAAAAACUUGAACAUUAUUUUACACUU